CUGAGCAAAGUUAUCUGGGGUCAGGGACGGUGAGACGGGGUUGGAAGGAGCGAGAAGAGAGAGAGUGAUAGAGAGAGAGGGAGGGAGAGAGUCGGUGGACGGCAAGAAAGCGAUCUCCUCUCUUAUUUGCUCCUGUGCUCGCAUUGUUUGUUGAUAGGGUAAGCUUGUAGCAGCUGUCAACCACUUAGAUUUCCGCCAUCCGCUGCCGGUGCCGGUGCCGGUGCCGAGGCCGUCCCCCGAUCUCGAUCCGAUCCGAUGUGCUAAGAGCGAGAAGAGGAGGAGAUUAUUCCUUGUCCUUCCUUUCGAGUCUUGACUUGGGGCAGUCAACCGGGAUUCAAGAGAGGGAGACGUAGAUCUGAUCUGAGAGAUAAAUAGGGUUAUUAGCCUUAGAGAUCGGAGGGAGGGCAGAUUCGUGCGCCCUAGCACCAUGGAUCGCUGCUUUCCUCCAAACCCUUUCCCUCCGCCUCCGCUGAACUAAAAGACGCCGUGUACGCGCCGCCGGAACAAAGCAUAUCAGGUCAGGCCUUGUGGUGCAGGAGGUCCGACCAGCACAUCUACUUCUAGUAACCAGUAGCUCCUUGCAUUUGCUACAGCAGCCCAGAGCAAUUGGGAGUAAUUGAAAGGAAAAGAGGAUUAACUUGUUGUUGAAAAGAAGAUGGCACCCAGCACCAUCAGAAAGGCCCUGGGAACAGUGAAGGACCAGACCAGCAUUGGUCUGGCCAAGGUGUCCAGCAAUAUCGCUCCUGACCUUGAUGUGGCCAUUGUCAAGGCUACGAGCCACGAUGACGAGCCUGCUGAUGGGAAAUACCUGAGGGAGAUCCUCAGCCUGACCUCCUAUUCUCGUGCAUAUGUCAGUUCCUGCAUUGCAACUUUGUCCAAGAGGCUGGGCAAGACCCACAACUAUAUUGUGGCCCUCAAGUGCCUCCUGCUUGUGCACCGCCUCCUAAUUGAUGGAGACCCAGGUUUCCAGCAUGAGAUCCUCUAUGCAACUCGGAGGGGAACUCGCCUCCUCAACAUGUCCGACUUCCGUGAUGACACUCACUCCAACUCAUGGGAUCACUCUG